CGAGUUGAACUUGGAGACAUGGCAACACGAGAUGACAGCUGGAGGCGGUGGUAAUUGGGAAUUUCAGUAUUACACAAAUAAUCGUUCUAAUAGUUACGUACGUGAUGGAAUUCUUUAUAUAAAACCGACAUUGACCGCUGAUUUGUACGGAGAAUCGUACCUCUAUAAUGGCCGCCUUGACCUUUGGGGCGCAUCUCCCGCUGAUAUAUGUACCGGUAACGCUUGGUAUGGAUGCGAAAGAAUUGGUACCACGAAUGACAUAUUAAACCCCAUACAGUCCGCUCGACUGAGGACAGUAUUCACAAUAUGGAUGCUGCCGCAAAGAAAUCCGUAUGGUGGCUGGCCAGCAUCCGGUGAAAUCGACAUUGUUGAGUCACGUGGUAAUGUGAACUUAACAGGAUCCCCUUGGUAA